AUGAACGAAUUUCGUGGGAACGGUGAUACCGGCCCGGUAGUCUACAUAGGCGAAACGUGUGUUAAUCUAAAUUAUACUGCAAGUGGCUGUAAGAGAAGUUUAAAAGUAUCUUCGGGCAAAGACAGUCGCCUCAUCGUUUGCCACGCCGGAUCUCCUUCAUUUGGAUUCAUCAAAGAAUCAAAACUUAUUUUUCGAUGCGAUUCCAGUAAUAAAGAUUGUUGUACUCAAAUAAAUGCGACAAUUUUUGAAGAUUGGUUUUCGCAAAUGUUACAUCACUUAGAAGAGCCGAGUAUUAUUGUGAUGAAUAACGUAUCGCAUCAUUCUUCGUUAGUCAAGAACUAUCCGAAAAUCAAUAGUAAAAAAACAGAUGUUCAACAGUGGUUACGAGAGAAAAAUGUAGAAUUUUCUCCUCUAGAAUCGCUUGCCGAGUUACGGGAAAAAAUGAAAAGCACAAUACCGCGCGGAAAAAAGUAUAAACUUGAUGAACUAACAUUCCAAAUGGGUCACGAAGUAGUAAGGCUUCCCCCUACCACUGUAAGUACAAUCCAACAGAACUCAUUUUGGCACAAGUUAAAAGCAAAGUGGCCGAAAAAAAAUCGUACUUUCAAAAUUGGGGAUGUCGAAGCACUUGUGCAUAAAGAAAUCGAUGCAGUAACUCUGGACUAUUGGGCCAAACAUGGAGAAGAUUGCGUUAAAAUUCAGGAGGAAGAUUUCCUUAGAGCGGGAUUAAGGGAUGAAAUAUUAAAACCAAUAAUAUUGACCUUUAAUUCAGAUGAAAGCAGUUCAAGCGAAGACGAAGACGACGAUGAGAAUUGA